CGGAAAAAUUCAAUUUUUCGAUGAUCUCGACUACAUGAAUCUAGUCUUAUCCACUUAUAAUGCGAAACCUGGUGCUCUCCUCUACCCAGACUGUGUCACUACAAAAUUCUCAGAUAUGUGGAAUUUCUCUGGACCUUGACCAAAACUGCUAUUAUGCCGCGUCGGAACGAGUCUCACCAGCCGGCGAAGUGGAGGUAGAUAUUUGGAAGGUUGAUCGAGAUGGCGUACGUCGUUAGUCUACUGGCGAAGCAACUGAUUGACUACUCAUCUCAAACAGGAUUCAGAUCCUACACCAUAUUGCAAGUUUUCGACGAUAGCAUCUGAAUCUUCGACCUCUGCUCAAUUAGUUUCCCUUCGCGUCGUUCCUGAACAUCAGCGCCUCAUCGCGAUCACAAGAGGUGGGGAUAUUACUACUAUUCCAUUGGAAGAGGAAAAUACUGUGCCAGAAGUCGAAGGGUCUGUGGACGAAGGAAUCUUGGCAGCCUGCUGGAGUCCGGACGAAUCUGUGCUUGUUCUAGUAACAGGCGACUUAAAAUUGAUCCUCAUGACAUCAACGUUUGAUGUUUUAUCGGAAGGUCCGAUAGAGACAAGCGAUUUCGGCGAAGAUGCACCGGUCAACGUGGGGUGGGGUUCAAAGAAAACGCAAUUUCAUGGAUCUCUCGGCAAAGUCGCUGCCCAGGCACCAAUAAAUGUUGCGGUUGGUUCAAGUCCAGAUGAUGACAAUUUCCCAAGAAUAAGCUGGCGUGGAGAUGGAACUUACUUCGUCGUAUCCUCUACGACAUCCCAACACUCGUCUCUCCCUCACCGUAUUCUCCGUGUUUACGACCGGCAAGGAGCUCUCCAAUCCAGUUCUGAAAACGUGCCUGGUUUAGAACAUUCACUUGCUUGGAGACCAUCUGGAAAUCUCAUUGCGAGUACCCAGAGAUUCGGUUUCGAAGGCGGUGGGGCUGGAAGGGCUGGCCGUCAUGACGUUGUCUUUUUCGAACGAAAUGGUCUAAGGCAUGGAGAAUUUGAGCUGAGGCCUGCGCAUAUUGGAACCACGACAAAUGACAAGAGUUCCCUCAGGUGGGGUUACAGAGUGCGAGAGAUGAUCUGGAACGCAGAUUCAAACAUACUCGGUGUUUGGAUCGAACGUCAGGGAGGAGACCUUGUUCAGUUAUGGACCACCGGCAAUUAUCACUGGUAUCUAAAGCAAGAAAUAGCAACCACAUCUCUGUCUUCAUCACAUUUCACGUCUGUUACAUGGCAUCCCGAAAACGCGAUGGAAUUGAUCCUUACUACAUCUUCCGAUAUCAUCCGCCGCAGUUAUGGCUGGGAGACAAGUGCAUCCACUAGUGCUCCCCCAAACGACUCGGCUUUAGUGGGCGUGGUCGACGGAACAACUCUUCUCCUCACGCCUUUCCGCACUCAAAAUGUUCCUCCUCCCAUGGCCUCCCACCAGCUCUCCCUAUCUAGUCCUGCAUCGUCACUCCCAUUUUCUUCUUCGCGCAUACCGGUUCACACUACCUUCUCUCCUACAUCAGAUAUUCUUGCAGUCCUGUGGGAGACAGGCUACUUCGAGCUUUGGCUAAUGCGUACGCGCCUCGGAGCAGGUAGAGGAAAAGUAAUGGAUCCAGACCGAAUUCAUUCUUCGCAGAACAAGAUCGAAAACGGCCUUCAAUAUAACCAGAUCAUACUACUGGAUACUUCCGAAUCCUCCACGAAGUCAUUAUCUGUGGGUUUGCUCGCAUCAGGAACAUCUGUAAAUGAUACUGUUGUGGUCCAUACUAGUAGUGAUGGAGAGGUCGCGUCGGUGACAAUGACCGGUCGCAAUGGGAGACUGAUUAGUGCUGGGGACGCGGUAAUAUGGCAGGACAGUGAUGGGUCCUUGUUGGAAGUCGAUAUCAAGGAUGAAACUUCUACACCUGUCGCACAAUUUUCCGAGUAUUGUCCGACUGCCAGGCGCGUCCUUGUUCCGACGCACGAAUCUCCCCUAUACAUUGGACUCGCCAACUCCGGAAAACUGCUUGUCACCGCCGAAGACCUCACUUCUAUAGUGAUCGCGCCAAAUGCUACUUCCAUCAGUGUUGCCUCUGGCUACCUCAUUUAUACCUCUAGUGCACAUGAAGCUGUGUUUGUUCCGCUAUCUACCCUUCACGAUCUGUUAACACCAGAUGAAGAGGGUAAACUGAAGGCUAUCCCAUCAGGAUGGGAGAAACGUCGAGUGGAGAGAGGAUCGAGAAUUGUCGUUCCUGUUCCGAGUGCGAUGAGUCUCGUGCUGCAGAUGCCCAGAGGGAACCUGGAGACUAUCAACCCGCGUCCACUAGUCUUGGAAGUUGUGAAGCAGGAUUUAGAUUCUGGGCAAUAUCGCAAGGCAUUUCUAUCUUGUCGGAAGCAUCGGAUCGACCUCAACUUUUUAGUCGAACACGAUCAAGGGGUAUUCUUGGAGGGCCUGUCAUCAUUCGUUGAUGAAGUACACGAAGCUGACUACAUCAAUCUGUUCUUGACCAGCAUUGGCCAAGGUUCUCAGUCGCCUGAGAAAAUAGGACAGCUCUGUGACCCCAUCAGGGCAGAACUCGAGAAGAGAGACCUCAAGAAAUAUGUGAACUCCAUCCUUACUGCACAUGCUGUCAAGGCUCCUCCGGAUCUUGAAGCUGGGCUCUCAUUACUGCUUCGUUUGCGAGACACCGACCCAUCUUUGGUUGAAGAUGCUGUUAAAUACAUCAUUUUCCUUGCCGAUGCCAAUAAACUUUUCGACACUGCACUUGGAAUGUAUGACUUUUCACUUGUUCUCAUGAUCGCUCAGCACUCUCAGAAAGACCCCCGUGAAUAUUUGCCAUAUUUGCGGGAAUUGCGUGCAUUGGACCCUUACUACCAACGGUUCCGAAUCGAUGAUCAUUUACGACGGUACGCCAGCGCACUUCGGAAUCUUAGCCUUGCAGGUCAUUCCCGUUUUGACGAAGCCAUCGAGUAUGCCGAGCGCCAUCAAUUAUACGAAGAAGCAUUAAAGAUUUGGAAGGGAACCGAAUACUAUUCGAAAGUUCUGGAGGUGUACGGAGAUUGGCUUUACGAGCGUAGGGAGUUCAAAGAUGCUGCCUCUGCGUUCGUGGAGUCUGGCAACCUUCGAAAGGCUAUGGUGGCGCAUGAGAAGGCACUAGAGUGGCAAGAACUGUUUGAUCUGGCUGUACGUACCCAAGCCUCGGAUGAAGACCUACAGGAUAUGGGCUAUCGUGUAUCCGAGGAUCUGAUUUCCAAAAAAAGAUUCACUGAAGCUGCUCGGGUUCUUUUGGACUAUGUUGAUGAUGUUAGGAUGGUGAUCAUGACCUUUGUCCAGGGUAAUGAAUUUUCUGAAGCACGUCGAAUUACGUCAUUGAAACGCAAGCCUGAAUUGUUGAAGGAGAUCAUCUAUCCUGGGGCGCAUGAAAGUUGUUCUCAGAUUGCUGAGGACGUAUCAGAGAUGCGGGAGCAACUUAGGAAACAACUAAACCGCAUACGGGAGUUACGAAUCAAGAAAGUUGAAGAGCCAGAUGAGUUCUAUGGCGUUGAAGACACAGCUCUGCAUAACGUUGAUGUAAUGACCGACGUUUCAAUGGCGCCCACAGCCUUUACUAGAUAUACCAUGGCACCCUCGACAGCCUCGCGCGCUUCAAAGCGUAGCUCCCGCUCCAAGAGGAAGAUGGAGCGUAAGGUAGGCUCAGGACGUAAAGGCACCGUGGAUGAAGAAGAAUAUUUAUUGAAAUCAGUGACGAAGUUGAUGGGCAGAUUCAGCGCCACUCGAGAUGAAGUUGGAAAACUUCUCCCACACCUUCUGCAGUUCAGUGCCGAACAUCGGUUGGAAGGUCUGGAGAUGCAGAAAGAUGUUGAUGGUUUCGAGCGGGAAUUGAAAGAAGGUGUUGAUGAAGUAUGGACGAAGGCGGCUGAAGGCGAUACUGAUGAUGGUAUCGGGCAGAAUCAGGAAGGUCAAGAAACCAUCGCUCUGCGGGAUUCGUGGGCGGCAAGGAUGGAGGAGGCUGAACGGAAUCGGAGGAUCAAUCCCAUCGACCGAGUCUCCAAACCUGAAAUCACGCUGAACCAGGAUUGGAAGAUGAAGUUACUGGAGUUGGAACGGUAGUCCUUUACUAGGUCUCGUAGGGCGCGUGUCCUGUCUCAGGAAUGAAGAAGUCUACGACAUCUUUCUCCCUCCCCGGACCCAAAACGGACUGAGUUGGAUGGAAUGGCAACUUGAGGUCAACGGGAUGCUUACCAAUGCUAUACGCGGGCAACGGGGCGUAUCAACCUCGGCCGGGCCUCAAGAGAAAGCCGAAAGAGGGAAGUAAUAAUUAUGGGCAUUUGGGUGAAAUUGCAUAUGUGCGGUUGGGCUCGUCGUAUGGCAACAGUGUGUGCUGGGGGUCUAUAGGCGGGGAUGUCACCGUCUCCCAUGAAAAUAGUGACCAGCACCGAGUUCUCGUCAGUG